AUGCGUUUUCUCACGCCAAUUUCCAUGCUUUUCUCCAUCUCGGGAGCUGUCCUUGUUCCUGGCCCUACUGGUCCCUAUGCGGUGGCCAUGAAAGAGCAGCCUCUGACUGAUACAAGCCGGGCUGAUCCUUUGGAUCCAACCGGUAAAUCCAAAUCUCGUCGCCUUUUGGUCUCUCUGUACCUGCCAGUCGACAUAUCAAGACGAUCAUGUCCUACGGUGACAGUGCCGUAUAUGACCCCCCCUGUGGCAGCUUCUUACGGGCAGCAAGCCACUCAGGUUGGCAUUCCAGAUACGUUUUACGAUGCAUUCGAGAUGGAGUUUUGCGACCUCAAAAAGCUCUCUCCUUGCGGUCAAGCUUCCAACAAGAACAAAGAAUAUCCUUUUAUCUUCUUUGAUCCCGGAUUUGGAGAGUCGAGGCUCAUUUACAGUGCCAUGGCUCGAUCUCUGGCUAGCCAUGGCUAUGUCGUCGUCUCUGUCGACCACCCCUUUGAUGCGCCUGCCGUACAAUUCCCUGAUGGAACAGUUAUCGAGGGUGUUGACCUCGAUGACUCCAAUCUUUCAGUCCUUCAGAAAGUUCUCAAGGUGCGCAACGACGAUAUUAGCUUCAUCAUCAGCCAACUCGAGAACCCAAAGAUUAUGAAGCCAUUGCUCGCAGACUUCCCCGGCAAGAUCAACUACAAGCAGCUUGCCAUCUGGGGGCACUCCUUUGGCGGCGCCACCGCUGCUGCCGUCAUUCAUUCCGAUAAGCGAGUUGUUGGCGGCCUCGACCUCGACGGCAUGGUAAUCGACCCCAUCAUGAGCACCGACAUCACCAAGCCUUUCAUCCUAGCCGGCCGCAAGGGCCACGACGCCGAAGACCCCUCGUGGAACAAGUUCUGGCCUCACCUUAAGGGCAAAAGCAUGGAGAUUGCCAUUGCUAACACCCAGCAUGGUGCUUUCAAGGACGAUUUGAUGCUUCUUAGCACGGUGAAAGUUUCUGCUGAAAUCAAGGAGGCCAUUCAGAAGGUGUUAGGAAGCAUCGAUCCUCACCAACUGGACAAGGAUCUGAAUGGCAUCUUGAUGGCGUACUUUGAUCUCCUCUUCGAUGGAAAGAAGCAGCCUCUGCAGGCCAUACCCCACAAUUUUGCCAAUGUUACUAUUGUGCGAAGCAACAAUCUCUAA